AUGGUGACGGAAACUAAAAAUCUCGCUGAUCUUUUGAAAACAAACGGGUAUGACCCGGAUUCCGGGUUUGCUUUUAUCACUUCGCUACCUGCAAGCAUCAAAAGGCGAGUGAAAGCUUUGAAAAAACUGCAAAUUGAAGAAAUAAAAGCCUUUGUGUAUAGUGUUGCACCGAGUAUAAGAAGGGCAAUCGUAGUAGGUGAUUAUGAACCAACUGAUGAGGAAGCAGAUUGUCUCAUCAUAAAUGGCCUCACGGAAGAGGAUGCAAAGAAAAUAGAAGAAACUUCCGCUCCAGAACCUGAAACUCCUACGAAGGGGAUCCCAGAUUUUUGGUUAAAUUUGUUGAAAGGUGUUGAUCAUAUUGCUGAAAUGAUUCAAGAACAUGAUGAGCCUAUUCUGAAGCAUCUUGUGGACGUAACUGUUCAAAUUGGCGAAAAUCCUGAUUCAUUCACUUUGACGUUCCACUUCACUCCCAACGAAUAUUUCAAACAAACCGAAUUGACAAAGUGGUACAAGUUAAAGCUAACACCGGAUGAGGACAAUAUUUUUGAUUACGAAGGGCCGAUGGUCGUUGAGGCGAAAGGAAGUGAAAUUACUUGGAACGAGGGGAAGGAUGUAACGAAAAAGGUUAUUAAAAAGAAGCAGAAGAAAGGCUCUGGUGCAGGAAAAUUUGUUACUAAGACCGUUAAAAAUGAUUCGUUCUUUAACUUUUUCGAUCCUAUUGUCAUUCCUGAGAAGGAGAAGGGGAAAGAAGUAACAGACGAUGAAUAUGAUGAGGAUCGUGAAUUAUUAAGAGCGGAUUUCGAAAUAGGUCAGUUAAUUCGCGACCAAAUUAUUCCCAGGGCAGUAUUGUUUUUCACUGGCGAAGCGGCUGCUGAUGAUGAUUAUAUGGAUGAUUUUGAAGGAGAUGAAGAUGAGGUAAUUUGUCAGGAGAAGUCUGAUGAGUGUGAAGAAGACGAGUAA